GCAUUAGAUGUCAUGAUCGUUCUAGUUGAUGUGACCUUUAAAAUGCCCGCUCCAUAUGCAUCUAUAAGAAUCAAUUUUUCCGAUGCAUUUGGCAAUCAUACUUAACCCUAGCUCCCAAACGGUUAAGCAUUAUGGCCUCCAACAACAACAAAACAUUGAAGGGGGGCAGUAGCAAGACGGUUACUCCACAGAAGAUUCAUUCGGCUUCACCAACACCUAAUACUCGACAACAUGAUGCCCUGAAUGCAAGGGCUGCCGCGGGGGCAAGUAGCAAGACGGUUACUCCACUGAAGAUUCAUUCGGUUUUGCCAACACCUAAUACUCAAAAACCAGAUGCCCUGAAUGCACGUUCUGCCACGGCGAUGAGUACGAAUCACAUUACUCCACUGGCAUCACGAAAUGCCGGGGGCAAUAGCAAGACGGUUACUCCAAUGAAUAUUCAUUUGGCUUCGCCAACACCUAAUACUCGACAACAGGAUGCCCUGAAUGCACAGGCUGCCACGGCUAGUGGUAUGCCUGCGAGUGCAAGGAAACCAUCCACAACAGAGUGGCAGAAACAAAGUCAGGCAUCUUCUACUGAUCAACCUAGACGUCAUGUCCCAUCAUCAUCAGAGAGCAAUAGGAAUGGGCAAUCAUCAACAAGCAGCAGUCAAAGGGGGCAUGCGGAGUCUCAUGGUGCCGGAAAACCGAAGUCUGCAGGAACAAAAAACAAGUGAACUCUACAGUAUCUUGCUUAUGGAUGGCAAGCUAUGAUGCGUGUAGCAGUUCAAUCGUCCGAUCUUCAAUGAGCAUACUCUAUCUCUAAAAUAAUAAAAAUAAUAUGUCUAUUGUACUCUCUGAUAAAUUGGUUGUAAUUUAGUCGCUACGUAAGUGGAACCAAGAGAAAUAUAUAUAUGAAUCUGUUACAUGUAGCGGGUUGUAAUUGCCUCUCAACAGAUUUGCAUGAUGCCCCUAGUCCAUAUUUAUGUUGUGUGUAUUGAGUUCACAUAUAUUGUAUUUGGGAUUUGGGGUUGCACUAAUAAGUAUUUGAGAGUGUGUAACUCGCAAACAUUGUACAUUUAUCUUAAAGUAUUUUACCAUGUAUGUUAAGGAAUGAAAGGUGUUCUGCCA